GCACAAAGCUGGCGGCACAGUCAUCCGCUUUCAGCCCGCAGGAGCCACAAGCAUGAACUCCCUGUGCACCGUCGUCGCCCUUUGUGCCAUUGUGGCUUCUGCAUAUGCGGGUGGACUUGGAGGCUACGGUCUUGGAGGCCUUGGCUACGGAGGAUAUGGACUGGGCUAUGGCGGAGGCUACGGUGGAGGCCUAGGCUACGGGGGAGGCCUGGGAUAUGGUGGAGGCCUGGGUUACGGAGGCGGCUACGGUGUCAGCGGUGUGGGCGUCGGCAGUAGCGUGGCCCUUUUGAGCGGAGGACCUGCUUUCGCCAAAGUUGUGGCCGGCCCUGCUUUCGUCGUUAGGUCUGUGCAUCACGUGAACAAGGUUAGCGGAGGAGGAGCCCUUCUCGCUCACUCUGGUCUCGGCAGUGGAUACGGAAGAGGCGCCGGCUACGGUGGAGGCUACGGUGGAGGCUACGGUGGAGGUUACGGUGGAGGUUACGGAGGUUACGGUGGAUACGGCUACGGUGGCUACGGCUACAAGGGCUAAGUGUGAAUCAUAACUGUGCGUUGUUGUUAGAUUCACAUCAUUUCGUUUAGGUUUGUCUGCGACUGCAACUCUUCCUCUUCAUUACCUAAGAAAAGACUCCAAGCGUGCGACAUUCCUGCCAUAAUUUACGGGAAGUUUUCACCAGAAACAUCAAGCAGCCAUGACAGCGGACACGAUUCAGUGCUUCCCCUGCGCGAAAAAAUAAAGUGUUUCUUUGCGA